AUGAAAACAAGUUCGAUUAAACGAUCGUCUAGUGAAGAUAUAACUCAGAGCUCGGCUAGUGUUGAAUACAAACAUCGCACGAGUUCGAUACCAGUCUGUUUCCGAAGAAGUUCUGUUGAAAAAAAAUUGAGCAAUCCCUCGAUGCCCUUCGAUCGAUCAAAACAUGUGAAAUAUCGAAAAGAAAAGAGAAAUUCUGCACAAAAUCAAAAUUAUUGCGAAAACAAUGAUAAGGUCCAUCCAGUCAAUCGAUUCUUUAACUCAUACAUUAACAAACAUUUUCAACACGUUUCUGUCAAUCAUAAAAACAUUCAAUGUAAUGUAGAAGAUCUAUGUCAUCAACAUGAAAUUUCUUCUCGAACAACGCUAAUCAUUCAAUUGCCACGUCGUUUUAUUAAAUCGCUCAUAAACCAACAAAAUAAGUCGAUAAUUCCUAAACUCAAAGUUCAUCUUUCUUCGGAAUUGCUCCAUAAGUUAUUUCGAUCAAUGAACACCAACACUUGCCCUUCUCAAGGAGAUAAAUUUGCUAUCCAAUCCCAGCUUGGUACCAUAGCAGCUUCUAUUCAUCGUGAAGUUCUCGAUGAACACCAAGAGUCCAAAGUGAUUCAGGCGAAAGCAGAGGUGAAAUCUUGUGAGAAAAAUCGACUGACAGUCGUUCGACACAUUGCACGAACAAAGGCAAAUGAUCACGAGAGAGCAAAACACCGGCAUCAACGACGAAAAAAAGACACGUUCACAGAUUUAGCAGUACAUCACGUGAGAAGAUCGAUUCCAAGAGAAGCUCAAGAACGAAUUUGA